UCUUCUUAGCUUGUGAUAAACAACAACAAAAAAAAUGGCAACGCGCAAAUCAAAUAAACCAAUGGCUCAGGUGUUACUAUUACUACUAGCAUUUCAUAUCCAUAUCCAAACUGUUGGUUCAACCACCGAGAACUCUGCCUCACUCGCCAAUCUGAAACAUAGUUCCAUCACCGUAAAUAAAGCGUCUUCUGAGAUAGAUUUUUCGGUUUGGAGGCGAGAGCUUAGAAGCGGUGGGGGUGGAGGAGGAGGUCGUGGUGGUGGAGGCGGUAGCAGCGGAGGUCGUGGAGGUGGCAGUGUAAGUCGUGGUGGUGGAAGUAACGUAGGGACUGGUACCAGCGGUAAAAGUAGCGGUGACUGCCUCAAGCAAUAUGGUCUGUUCAAUAGCCUAUUAUUCAUCGGUUUACUAGGCUAUUUGGUUGGUAUGUGUUAGAAUGUUAUGAAAUCGUUGAGCUUUUUUUUAAAAAAAAAAAAUAAAUAUUGUAUAUAGAUGAUGCUUAUCUGUUUUAGUAACAUUGAUAUUUAAUUUGUAGUACUCUUGUCUAUCGUAUUUCUUCUGUAUUAUGUAAUAGCUUAAGAGGCUAAUACUAUUGCAUGUAGGGUGCCUCAUACAUAUGCAAACGUUUGUGGUGGCUUAAUAUAUAUACGAAAAAGGUCAAAUGCUGUAAAUGCAAAACGCUGAAUGUGAUGUUUUGUGAUUGAUUUUGGUAGAGCUAAACACAAUGAAUUUGUAUGAAUG